CAUUUUGUCUAUGGUCUAAUCAUAUGAUCAAUGAAUGAUCGACUGAUCUCUGUUUCUGUCUGUUUCCUCUACGUUGGGAGCUGGGUUUCCGUAAAAAUAAUAAAAACGGACAGGAAUCCAUCAUAAAAAUGAAGGGGUGUCUUUUUAACAUCGACGGUGGCUACUUGGAAGGUUUGUGCCGCGGUUUCAAAUGUGGCAUCCUGAGGCAGUCGGACUACUUGAACUUGGUUCAGUGCGAAACAUUGGAAGAUCUAAAACUUCACCUUCAAGGCACAGACUAUGGAACAUUCUUGGCAAACGAGCCCAGCCCCCUGUCCGUAUCUACUAUUGAUGAUAAGCUGCGUGAAAAGCUCGUGAUCGAGUUUCAGCACCUCAGGAACCACUCUGUAGAGCCCAUGUCUACUUUCCUGGACUUCAUUACAUACAGCUACAUGAUUGACAACAUUAUUUUGUUGAUCACUGGUACUUUGCAUCAAAGGCCAAUUUCGGAACUGAUCCCGAAAUGUCACCCUUUGGGAUCAUUUGAGCAGAUGGAAGCUAUUCAUGUUGCUGCAACUCCUGCUGAGCUGUACAAUGCUGUGUUGGUGGACACUCCACUGGCUCCGUUCUUCGUGGACUGCAUCAGUGAGCAGGAUCUCGACGAGAUGAACAUUGAGAUCAUCCGUAACACCCUGUACAAGGCAUACUUGGAGGCCUUCUACGAUCUUUGCAAGACAAUUGGAGGGUCUACUGCUGAUGUGAUGUGUGAAAUUUUGGCUUUUGAAGCUGAUCGCCGUGCCAUUAUUAUUACCAUCAAUUCAUUUGGCACUGAAUUGUCCAAGGAUGAUCGUCAGAAGUUGUACCCUCGUUGUGGCAAGCUGUACCCUGAUGGUCUGGCUGCACUGGCCCGUGCUGAUGACUAUGAGCAAGUGAAGGCUGUUGCCGAGUACUACGCUGAAUAUUCUGCAUUGUUUGAAGGAGCAGGGUCCAAUGCUGGGGACAAAACUUUGGAAGACAAGUUCUUUGAACAUGAGGUAAACUUGAAUGUGCAUGCUUUCCUGCAACAAUUCCACUUUGGAGUGUUCUACUCAUACCUCAAGCUGAAGGAGCAGGAGUGCCGCAACAUCGUGUGGAUCAGCGAGUGUGUUUCUCAGAAGCACCGCGCCAAAAUUGACAACUACAUUCCCAUAUUCUAAGAUCCUUAAUAUGAAUACUAUGCAUGUCAGUUUCAAGAAACAUUCAAGAGAUAUCAGAAUGAGGUGUAAAUUAUAAUUUAAAUUCAUCUAGAUGAGCAACUAUGAAUGUUAACCAUGGUUGUUUCCUGUAUCAAUAUUAUAUUAAAUAUGUGUACAAUCUAUAUGAAAAGUAUAAAAUUUACAAAAUAAGCUUUAGUCCAUAUUUUUAUUUUGCUGACUAAAUAAAGUAGAAUCAAGUAACUAUUUGUGAUUGUACAUACAGAUUGAUAUAGUUUCCGUAAUAUUUUAUCUAUCUUGUGCACAAACAUACCUUUUAUGGAUUUCAGUAUUAUUUCGAAAUUAACGUUGCUAUAAAUGUAUUGUUGUCCAAGUUACAUUACUCACUCUAGUAUUGUAUUGUGGUGCACAUGUACCUAGAUGUUGACAUACAUUGAAUGAAAUUUCAGGUAUGUAAAACUAUUCUAUCAUUUUAAUAAUUGUUAUCUUUAUUACAUAUUAUAAACAUUCUAUCUACUGUGUAAAUUGUAUUAGAAAAAUAAAAUAUCGUGUUGAAUUA